CAAGGUUUUCCCAAAACCCUUGCUAACGUGCGCAGUUAUGGCUCUAAAAUGAGCCAAACAUUCUUCGCACUUCGCACAGCUUCACAAUCGCAUCAAUGGCUUCCUUUAUACAUCCGCUUCCUGUCCGACUUCAGGUUUUUCCUUCAAAAUUCACUACUUUUACAGCCAAAAGCUUCGUCUUUCGACCCAUAAUUCGCCUAAAACCUUCUCGAAUUUCCCUCACUGUACGAGCUCGCUCUGCCCCCACACCGUCGCGGCCUCCGCUGCCGGAAACCCAGCAAUACAUUCUUGAUAUUCUGGACGGAGAAGAUGUGAAGUCUAUACCAUGUGUGAGAACCUACGAGAAUGACUUGGGUCGGCUGACUGUUGUUGGAGAUGUUGACUUGGAACAGGCCCUAACAGCAGCGGCCGCUGACGGUGGUGAGGCUGCAGACGAACACAUUGAUCAUGGUUUGGAUGUCAUGGUGGCGGAGACGGUGUUCCCAGGCCAAUCGGAUGAACACAGCACCAUCUCCACCAGACUGUUUUUGCCAUCUAGAAAAGUGAAAGAGAGAGCUAAAAGUCUCAGAGAUUAUCUAACUGAAGACAUGCUUUCAAGCACUACAUCUACAAAUAUACUAGCAAUGACAUUCAGACAAGUGACUUUGAGACAACUUUGGAGUUUUGAACUUGUCUUGUUUACACCAGGAACAACAAGAAAUAUGAAAGAUCUUGCAAACCCAAGAGAGGUCUCUGCUUCCUUCACCUUCGGUUCCUCAGAUGUACAAGCCAUAUCCAAGCUUGCAGAAGUGAUUUCCGUUUCUGCCCUUGAAAGCACCAAAAGGGAUUUUCUUGAUAACUCAUUAGGCAAAUCAUCAUUUAACAUAUUCCAUCUAUUUCAUAAACACGAACAAAUCAUAUCACAAGAUUCUUCUGUCAUCUUAUACAAAGUACACGAGGAUGAAGUGGUUGAAAGUGCUAAAACUUUGCUUGAAAAGUUUAAUUCAAUGAAGGAAAGUUAUAAACCUAAAGAAACAGCAUUGAAGUAUAAUUGGUGGCCAUGGUCUGUGUUUUCUAAAUUAGAAAAAAUUGGUGGACAUGAAUUUAGUUCAUGGGUAAGUGAAUAUAUUCCUGCUUACAGAUUGCAAAUCAAGAGUGACAAAUUACAAGAUUUGAAGUUUGAAGGAUGGAAAGAAUCUGCUAAAAAUAGGUGGGAAGUCCUUCUUACCCACUCCCAAAUGGUAUGUUUGGCUAACAUCUUGGAUAUGUAUUAUGAGGAUUUAUUCACACUUCCAGAUAAAAAAUUGCCAUACAAUGCAGCUUCCAUGACUACUAACAUGCACAUGAAGAAGAAAGGCAACUCUUUUGUGAAAAUGGUAUCUACUUUCAUCAUAAGUGGAUGCUUAAUUGUUGCAAUUAGUGUAAUGGGUCGGAUCUUUUUGCCCCGUUUUCAAAACGGGCAAAACCGUUUCAGAGGAAAUCAACAGCCCCAAUCAUCACAUACUGAUUCAAUCCGUCUUUGGUCCAUGGAUCCUACUAUGUUGGAAGAGGUUUGUAUUUCAAUUUUGAAGAAAGUUGAAGCGGUUUAUGGGUGGAGUGGAGAGAUAAGAAAAGAAAGUGGUGGUGGUGUAUCAACAGGUCAACUCCCUGAUUACCUAACAAGAUUGAUUCAAGUUGACAACAAUAAUGCCACAUCAGCAUCAUCCACUCUCACUCCAACUGAUAAAACUGACCAUGAUUUGUUAUUAGCAUCUGGACAUAAAGUCGCAAGUUAUCAGAUUGUGAUAUCAUCAGAAGGGAAAAUAGUAGGAUUCCAACCCACGAGCCUUCUUGCUGUUAAUAAUUGGGCAUCAAAUCCUUUGACACAAGAGUUAUAUGGAGGGAGAAAACUCUCACCAGGUUUCUUUGAGUCUUCAUUGAAAAUCAAACAGCCGAAGGAGGUGGUUUUGUUAGAGUUGGUGAUGUCAGAAAUUAGUGGGUCACAUUUUGUGUUGGUUAGACCGGUUAAUGUGGAGAUUUAAUUUUUUUAUUAGGAAAAGUUAACAUUAGUAAGUAUAGAUGUUGAGCUAAUUGGAUCGAUAAAAUAAUAAAACUAUGAAUAAAUGGUUGUAUUGUUCUUUGAUUUAAUUCAUAAAAUUAG